AUUUAUAAAGACUAACAAUUGGCAUCUACAUUGCAUUUUUUGUUUACAGAAGCUUUCUUACCGAAACGUCUGAAGUGCACAGAUUGUUUUUGAGGAGAAGAAGAAAAAGAAAGUCGAGUAAAAACUCUUUGAGUGACAGAACACAUUUCUAGUAAGAUUUUUUUGGGGGGGAUACAAGUAAACUACUCAUUUAGUCUAUUAAAAAAGUGUGCAUUUUAAACGAUUGAAACAAUUGUUCACUUACAAUUAAACUUUUCUAAUUUCUGGUUUAUUUUCUUUUGAAUGUACAAGCAGGUUUAUAAGUUCUAUAGAAUAGAAUGAAACGUUCAUUUGAGCAACAGACAUGUCCAAAUUUGGGCGAAAUUUUUAGGAAUUAUAACUUCACUGCUGCAACACCUAUGCUCUUUAUUAUACAAUGUCGUUAAAAAAUUGCUUCACCUUGCUUUAGUACAGAAAUGGCAAAUAUUAGGCAAUUUCAUCCACUCUAGACAAAGGGUGAGAAAGCCUAAAGAGUUAUUGGGUAACUAUGCAUUGUUUGUUUCAUUAGGCAUGUGAUGUACUUAUUGUUGAGAUUUUUCUGAAAAUAGCCAUGGAUUUGUAAUCCUCAAGCCCCUCCCCAGUCUGCCUCCAGUGGGAUAAAACUUGCAGGUGCCAAGCCUUCUAGAAGUCCACCACAUUUUCUGCUCAGGAUGUUCCCCUUACAGUUCCUCAGCUUGUUUUUUAUAUCUGUGAUCACCGACUAUGAAGAAGAAAAAAAGAAGAAGAAAGUAAUUCUAUAUGACACUUCAAUGUUUAAAAGAGGAGAUUUGCUUGAGGUCCCUCGAACCCUCUUCACACAUUUUGGAAUCUAUCUGGGGAACAACCGUGUGGCUCACUUCAUCCCUGAUAUCUUGCCGGUCUUUACUACGGACAAGAAGGCCCUUGAGAAGAUGGUGACUAACAACCGUCUGAUUUUGGGUGUGCUAACAAAACAAGCAAGUGUACGAGUGGACUCAGUGGAGGACUUUGCAUAUGGAGCAGAGAUUCUGGUCAAUAACAUGGACAAGGUGUGCAGUCGGCCACCGUUCAACGGUGAUGAAGUGGCUAGGCGAGCUGAGAAGCUCUUGGGCCCUGUGAAUUACAGUCUGCUGUGGUACAACUGUGAACAUUAUGUCAUGUACUGCAGAUAUGGAACCAGCAUGAGUUUUCAGGCCUACCAGUUCUGCAAAGCAGUGCGCAAGAUUGUAUGCAGCAAGACCAGUUCUCUCCUAAGCCUACUGCUGUGCUUGUUCAUGAUGUUUUAUCUGGAAGCUCUGUCCAUCUUUGGAAUUUUACCUACGGUUAUCAUCCCCUCGACAAUUUGGAUGGCAUCCUGAAUCUCUACGACAAACCAUAUCAACACCGCUGUGGUGAAAUGUCUGCGGGCUAAUGGAUAUCACCAUUCACUGUGCAUUAUUUAGUGCUUCUUCAUUCUCCAUCAUGUAUGAGGCACCUUUAUAACAUACACAGAUUUUAGGCAAUGGGCAAUGAAGACUUUUGAUUAAUCCCAUGUAAGGAUGUGAUCUUCCUGUUAAGUGCUAUCAUGUCGAGAUAUGUAUAAUUUAUUUUCUUACUGUAUUUUGUGACUUAUAAUAACGGCAUAUUAGCAAUAUUA